AUGAACGCAUGCAACGCGUUUCCGCGCCAGUUCAGGAAGUCGGCACUCUCUCGAACUGGAUCUGUUACGCUACAGGACAAAGACCUAUCGGUGUUCGUUACUUUUGCUACGCUAGUGCAGUGCAGUGGGACUGAUGAAAUCACGAAAAGAGGCGUUAGCAAAGCUACUGGUGUGAAUACUAUUCCAACGGGAAUCCAGAAACCUGAAUAUUCGUACAACGAUUACUCUCAAAACUCUAAUGGACAGAGUAGUACAUCUAAUCAAAAUUACCAAAACCAAAUCCCUAAUUCAUUCUAUCCAAGUCAAGCAAGCCAGUACUAUUCUUCCUCUAGCCCGACAAAUGAUGGCACAUCUACUAAUUCUCACCAAAUUCAGUUCAACGUGCCUUCACAACAAAGUUCAUCUCAAUUUAAUUUUGUACCAAGCUCUGGCUACCAAACCAAGUAUCAAACUUUACCUUCUAAGUCAUCAAAUAGUAAUAUUCAACUUGCUUUUCUACAACCAUCAUCAGGACUUUCAACAUCUCAUUUAAGUUUUCCACAUGCAGUCUAUUCUCAACCCGCUCAUAUAACUUCUCACGGAAAUCCCCUGGUAAAUUCAGUUUUGCCACAUGGUAAUUUUAAUUUUGCCACAAAUUAUCAACCUUUAUCCUUUGUAUCUCCCUAUCUAGGUUAUCCUACGAUGCUUAUUCCUCAAUUUGGUUCUCCAUUGUAUAAUAAUCACCUUCAUUCAACUCCAAGCCAGGGUUUUUAUUAUUCAACCAAUACUCAGCCUAAGUAUACCUAUUCUCAAAGUUCCCAAUCUUCGACAUCUAAUGACUAUGAUAAAUUACAAGGGUCUUCUUUGCAAAGUUCUCCAAAAGAUAAUGAUAUUUUGCCACAGAAUAGCGAAUUAAUUCAAAAUGACUCAAUUUCUGGUUAUAAAGGCGCAUACACUAGUCGCAGUUCAACAUACACCAAAUGA